AGUUGCUUUUGUUCACAGCGCCCCCUAUGAUCAAGUAAAUCCGGAAGUUAUCAAAAUGAUAAAAAAUGAAAACUGACAUUUCCUUAUUAUGUGAAUUUUAAGAGGUCUCAUUUUAAAGAUUUGAAACAUGUCUGGAGACAAGAUAUCCCUGACAGAUGCCCUACAGAAUGUAGACGUUCUCGAUGAAUUGCCUUUACCUGAUCAACAACCUUGUAUAGAAGGCCUGUCAUUGUCCAUCCAUUACCAAGCUAACUUUGACACUAAUUUUGAGGAUAGAAAUGCCUAUGUCACUGGGGUUGCCAAGUAUAUAGAAGAGGCCACCGUUCAUGCAGAUUUGAACAAGCUAUUAGAGAAAGGGCAAGAGUUUGCUGCAAUAUUAUACACAUGGAGAUGCUGUUCUAGAGCCUUACCACAGGUGAAAAGUAAUGAACAACCUAACAGAUCUGAGAUUUACAAUAAGAUUGUGGAGGUUCUGGAUCCACAAGUGUCAAAACUUAUGGAAUUUAUGUAUUUUGUGAAAAAUGCUAUAGACAGAUUUGGUGAGCAGAUAAAACGUCUUUGUCACGUUCAGAAGAGAAAUGAUUUUGUUUCUGAGGCCUAUUUAUUGACCUUAGGAAAGUUCAUCAAUACUUUUGUUGAGCUUGAUCAGUUAAAAAACAUGAAAGCGAGUAUCAGUAAUGAUUACUCUGCCUUUAGAAGGGCUGCACAGUUCCUAAAAGUAAUCGCUGACCCACAAGCUUUACAAGAAUCUCAGAACUUAUCCAUGUUCCUGGCCACACAAAACAAAAUCCGAGACAUGCUAAAAGAAGUCCUCCAGUCCACACCUGGUUAUGAGGAAUUGUUAGCUGAUGUCAUCAACAUCUGUGUCAACAUGUAUGAGAGUAGAUUGUAUCUGGAACCGUCAGAGAAAUACAUGUUGGUUAAGGUGAUGGCUUGUGGUUUGUUUAUGAUUGACAAUGAACAAAACAACAUUUAUAAGAUGGACUCAAAGAAAAGAAUCAAUUUAACCAAAAUAGACAAAUACCUAAAGCAACUUGAAGUUGUACCACUUUAUGGAGACAUGCAAAUAAAUCCAUACCACUAUAUAAAGUACAGUAUGAACUUUGACCCUGGAAAAUGGCCAGCCUGUGAAUCUUCACAUCCUAGUCCACAGUCUAACUUACUUGCCAAUCUUGAAGCCAUCCGUGAGGACCAUAUGUCAUACAUCAGCCAGCUGGCCCGUCACAGUAAUGAGAUGAAAUUACAAAUGAAAAAUGAGGCAAUAACGACAACAAGAGAGGCACCUCGUACAGAUGAUGAGAAUAGAGAGUUAACUGACCUAGCCCUGAGAGGAUUACAACUCAUGUCUGCAUGGACACAGCAAGUCAUGGAAUUGUAUUCCUGGAAACUGUUACACCCUACAGAUCAACAUCAAAAUAAAGACUGUCCACCUGAUGCUGAGGAAUAUGAAAGGUCCACCAGAUAUAACUACUCCAGUGAUGAGAAGUUUGCCAUCAUUGAAGUUAUAGCUAUGAUUAAAGGUCUACAGUUACUUAUGGCCAGGAUGGAGUCAGUGUUCCUGGAUGCCAUAAGACGUAACAUCUACGCAGAGAUUCAAAAGUUUGUACAAAUCACAGUCAGAGAACCAUUGAGGAAAUCUGUCAGGAAGAAAAAUGAUGUCAUCAAAGUCAUCAUCCUUGCUGUAAGAGACACUUGUGCUGAUUGGUUAAGAGGAGUUGAACCGCAUGAUGACCCUGCCAUGAAAGGAAAGAAAGAAGAUGAAGGCUUUAACAUUAAAGUCCCCAGCAGAAAUGUUGGUCCAUCCUCUACACAGUUGUAUAUGGUGCGUACCAUGUUAGAGUCACUGAUUGCUGAUAAAAGUGGAGGAAAGAAGACUUUAAGGAAGGAGAUAGAUAUUAAUCAUUUACAGAUCAUAGACAACUUCCAUAAACAGUCAUUCUUCUGGAAUUAUAUACUCAAUUUUAAUCAAUCUCUACACAACUGCUGUGAUUUAUCUCAGUUAUGGUACAGGGAAUUCUUCUUAGAAAUGACAAUGGGCAGGAGGAUUCAGUUUCCUAUAGAAAUGUCAAUGCCAUGGAUACUAACAGACCACAUACUGGAGACCAAGGAACCCUCUAUGAUGGAAUAUAUUCUGUACCCUUUGGAUCUGUACAAUGACAGUGCUAACUAUGCCUUGACUAUGUUCAGACAGCAGUUCCUCUAUGAUGAAGUAGAGGCAGAGGUUAAUUUAUGUUUUGACCAGUUUGUAUACAAACUGAGUGACCAGAUAUUUGCCUACUACAAACAUCUUGCUGGCAGCAUCAUGUUGGACAAAAGAUUUAGAGCUGAGUGUGUCAGUCAGAAUGUGAAGAUCAAUUACCCAGUAGCUAACAGAUAUGAGACAUUACUCAAACAGAGACAUGUCCAGAUUUUAGGAAGAUCCAUUGAUCUUAACAAGUUGGUUGGACAGAGGGUGAAUGCUUCACUUCAGAAAGCUUUGGAUGUGGCCAUAUCUAGGUUUGAAGCAGGGGACAUUACUGGCAUUGCUGAGCUUGAGGGAUUAGUUGAGUGCAAUAGACUGACACAUAAGUUGAUGAGAAGAUAUUUGACCUUGAAUGACUUUGAUGCCAUGAUGAGAGAAGCUAACCAUAAUGUAUCAGCACCGUAUGGGAGAAUAACUCUACAUGUAUUCUGGGAACUGAAUUAUGAUUUCUUACCAAACUACUGUUAUAAUGCUGCAACUUCUAGGUUUGUGAAAACCAAGUUACCAUUUGCUCCAGCAAGUCAGAGAGAAAAACCACCAAAUCCAUCUCCAUUUUAUAUAUGGGGUACAAAGGCGUUAACCAGUUCUUACAGUGCAAUAUACAGCUUGUACAAUGGUUUUGUUGGACCACAACAUUUCAGGGCCAUGUGCAGACUUCUAGGCUAUCAAGGCAUAGCUGUGGUCAUAGAGGAACUACUCAAAAUUGUCAAAGCAUUGUUAAAAGGAACAUUGAGAGACUAUACAGAGACUUUAUUUAAAGCUAUGCCUCAAGUUUGUCGUCUUCUAAGAUAUGACUAUGGGUCACCUGGUGUGAUGGGAUACUAUCAGGCACAGUUAAAUGACAUGAUACAGUACCCAGAUCUGAGGACAGAAGUUUUCCAGAGUUUUAGAGAAGUGGGCAACAGUGUUCUGUUCUUUAUGUUGAUAGAGCAAGCUUUGACACAGGAAGAAGUUAAUGAUCUGAAGCAUGCAGCACCUUUUCAGAACAUCAUACCUAAACCAUUCAUACCAAUUAAAGAGGGUGAUAGUAGAAAAGAAAAGGAGCAAGAAUUAAAGGUAGUCAUGAAGAAACUAGAGCAGAAAUAUGCACCAUUACAAGUUGUCCCUGUCAUAGAGAAAAUAGGAACUGAACAGCAAGUGUCAAUAGCAGGAGAAGGUGACCUGUUAACUAGAGAGAGACUUUGUUGUGGGCUGUCCAUGUUUGAAGUAGUCCUAAGUAGGAUCAGGGAAUACAUUGAUGACCCUCUGUGGAAAGGUCAACCUCCAGCCAAUGGUGUCAUGAAUAUAGAUGAGUGUACAGAGUUUCACAGACUCUGGAGUGCCAUACAGUUUGUCUUCUGUAUCCCUGUUGGGGAUAAUGAGUUUACUAUUGAGGAACUGUAUGGAGAAGGACUUAACUGGGCAGGCUGUGCUCUCAUAGUACUGUUAUCCCAACAGAGAAGAUUUGAAGCUUUAGAUUUUAGUUACCAUAUUCUCAAAGUAAACAGGGUAGACAUGAAAGAUGAGAAUGUUAAAGGCAUUCAACUGAAGAAGAUGGUCGACCGGAUAAGAAAAUUUCAGAUUUUGAACAAUCAAAUAUUUGCUGUGUUGAACAAAUAUCUUCACACAAAUGAUGCUGAUAGUAUGCCUGUUGAACAUGUCAGGUGCUUCCAACCUCCCAUUCAUCAAUCCUUAGCUACAACCAUAUAGGUCAAGGACAUCGAAAUAAUAACAAUUACAUUUGUGUAUGACAAACUUAUCUGUAAUCUUUGAAGUUAGCUGGUCGUGUUGUGCAUGCUUAUUCUAUUGUAUGGAAACAGAAGAAGAAUUAAGAGAUUAAAUUUUUAUUUGUAAAAUAUGUAUUCAUUGUAUAUAUAAAUUCAAUUUUAUAAACUUGUAAAAAAAUAUGUAUAAUUACAUAAUCAAUAAUGCCAAUAUAUUUUCCUAAACAUGAUAAAAACGAAACAUGAUAAAAAAUAUAUACAAUAGUCAACAGAUAUAAUAUUGGGGUUUUUUUUUCAUUUUGUUCUUUACAAUUAUAAUUCCACAUCACAAGAAAGAAAGAUUUUGUAUUUUAAUUUAAGUAGAGAUAAAAAUGGACUUUAACACAGAGGAUUUUGUAUUAGCAAUCUAUUUAUAUAUUUAUAUAUAUAUAUAAAUUGAUUACAAGAUAUUUUGUAGCUGGAGAAAAAAAUAUAGAAAUUAGAAAUUUGUAUUUGUUAUAAAUGACCUUACGUUAAAUCAUGUUUUCAAAAUGAGGUCCUUGCUAAUAUGACUGUUUUCUAAUUGCAGCAUCAUUAAUAAGAAAUCAGUCCAUUCAGUUUGAUUGUAUUGUUCAUUUAACAUUGUGCAAUAAAAAAAAUCUCUGUCUGUUCAA